AGGAGAGGGGGGAGCCCCAUUGGCGGGGAGGCUGCUCGCCCCGGCCCAGCCCCGACGACGCGGCUGGUCCCCGGAGCGCCCCCUCCUCCGCGCCGCCUCGCCGUGCGCCUUGCUGAUGCGUCUACUUAACAAGGGUGACAUGUCAACUUGGCUCUCACUGGCUGUUCCAUCAUCAGUCAAGGAUUAAAGCAUGUGAUCAGGAACACCAUGGAGGGUGCAGAUUACCAAUUGCCUUCUGUCAACUCAGCCAGUGUUGCCCUUCCUUCUCCUUCCUCGUCUUCCAGUGAUGAAGCUGACAUUAUGGCUUUCAAUGGGGAGCUGGACUUACAACAUUACUCUAAUGGGCCAGGGGGAUCAGGAGGGGAGGCUCGUCCUUAUCCGUGUCCUAUCUGUGGCAAGCGUUUCCGCUUCAACAGCAUCCUGGCAUUGCACACCCGCAUCCACACCAGCUCCUAUCCACUCACUUGUCCCUACUGUGGCCACCAGGCAGGGCAACGUGCCAGCUUACGUCUCCAUUUGCGCUCCCAUUGUCCUGAGGCCCAAACCCGGCUCAGUCACCAGAGCCGACUGCUGCUGGAACUGGAAGAGCGGGCACUUCUGCGGGGUCAAGAAGAGAAAAAAGAGGAAGAGGAGGAAGAAGAAAUGGCUGCUCCUAUUCAACCCCGACCUCUACCCACCUUCCACUGUUCUUUUUGCAAGGGCAAGUUUCGCACUGCAGGGGAACGCGAGCGCCACCUUCGCAUCCUCCAUCAGCCGUACAAGUGUGGGCAAUGUUCUUUCGCUGCCACACAGGAGUCAGAACUUCAGUGGCACAACCAACAGGCACAUAACACCCCAGCAGCUUGGACACCCACCCCUCCUGCCCCUGUGCCCACCACUACAGCUCCACCCACCCCUCCUGCUUCCACACUCACCCCUUCUUCCUCUGCCUCUACCCCUACGGAAUUCCGCUGCCAGGUCUGUGGUCAAGCCUUCACCCAGUCCUGGUUCCUUAAGGGUCACAUGCGGAAGCACAAAGACUCCUUUGACCAUAAGUGCCAGGUGUGUGGGCGUGGCUUCAAGGAACCAUGGUUCCUGAAAAACCACAUGAAGGUUCAUCUCAGCAAGCUGGGCCUCCAGAGUGAACAAAGAGGACCAGGACGGUCAGCACAGAGUUUACUCGUGGGUUGUGAGGCCCUGUAUCCAUCUCUCCUCUCUCCUCGGCCCACAGAUAAAGCCAGUAUGGGCACUUUCCUGAGUUACAGUGAUGCGAGCUGUGCUGAACGACUGCAGGCCACAGCUCGUGCCGUGGAGAGUAGCCAGCAGUGGCGGGAACGUUCUUAUGUAGUAGGGUCCAAGCUUGUGAGAGAAGACUCAGGAGGGAACCAUUGCUGCCCAGACUGUAACCGGACUUUUGGUACAUUCCAGCAGAUGGCUUUGCACCGGCAAAGCCACCUAUCCCGUGAGAGAGAAUGGAACAAGGGACAGUCACUAGGUUCUCACCUUCUCAGUGGACACUGGCUUCCAACAAAUGUGAGAGCUUCUACUGCAGCCAACACCAGCUCAGCUCUGCUGACCCAGAAGCAAAAAGAAAUACAGGGUCAGUCACGCUUGGAUGGAUCCCGACGAGGCACUGGGAAAGAUUGUCCAUUCUGUGGAAAGUCUUUCAGAUCUUCCCACCAUCUCAAAGUUCACCUCCGUGUCCACACAGGUGAGCGCCCAUACAAGUGCCCUCACUGUGACUAUGCUGGCACUCAGUCUGGCUCGCUCAAAUAUCACCUGCAGCGCCACCACCGGGAACAAAAGAAUGCUGCUGCAGCUGCUGCAGCUGUGGCAACAAUGGAACAGUGCCACAUGCCUCUGGCCCCUACUGCAGUCCCUGCCUUUCCCCCUACACAGCUCACCAAGAGUCAUGGGUCCUUCCUUCCUCUAGGUGGUGUGGGGGCAGCUCGAUCCCGCCAAUCCCGUCGCAAGUCACUGCUAAACGGGAAGGCUGAUUUCCAGCCAUUGGAUCUUUCUCUACGUCCAGCCCUGGCUGGAGGAGCCCUUCACCGUUGCCAGUUUUGCCCCUUUGCCACCUCAGCUUCUGAGCUUAUGGAGUUACACCUUCAAGUCCAUCACAGCAGGAAAACUCGUACCCGUCGUUGCUCUCACACAGCUCCUAAAGCCCAGGUGAUGUUGGAGGAAGAAAUAGUUGAGCUGAAAGAUCCAGAAUCCCCAAACCCAAAGGGGGAGAUUUCCAAGACACACAAUUUCUGGUCCUCCGAAGAUCAGGAAGACUCUCGCUGUCUCAAGAUGCCUCAGGGGAAACCAAGUUCUGAGGGAGCAAUAAUUGCCAGCCUUUCUUCUGAAGCUGCACUGAAUCAGCAAGAAUGGGAGGAGAACCUAUCACAAGACUCUGAGGAGCCAAAGCCUGAGAAGGAAUUGUCUGGCCCACUGGCCCCAAAAGGACCACAGCAGGAGGCUUCAAAGACAGGCCAAGGUCUCGUGGAAUUACAGCUGGAGCCGGUACAGGCCUGAGUCUGCUCUGCAUAUAUAAAUCAAUUCCGAAUCUGUUUAGCUGUCAUGAUGACUCUCAACCAAGGGACCUGGAAAUUGUAGCUCUGUUCUAUCUAUUGGAUCAUAAUAAUUCCAGGUCUUUGGGAAGGACUUGAUAGGCAGAUAAAAAUGCCAAAUCCAGUCUAAACAUCUGGCUGACUGUGUGACAAAACCAUAAUUAACAAUAAUAAUGCAUACAAAGCUACAUUUCCCAAAGUUCAUAGGCAGGGGCUUUGCAGAGCCCGUAGCAUAGUGGUAGAACACAUGCCUUGCAUGCAAUCAAGUUCCAUAUUCAAUAGUUCCUUUAUAUUCAAAAUAAACAUGUAUGAGGGCCUGUGUCCCUGCCUGUGAUCUUGACUGGAGGCUGCCUCCUAGAACAGGCACUAAGAGGCUAGAUGGACCAAUGUCUGUCUCAAGAAAAAGCAGCUCUACAAGACAGUGAAAGCAGUUUCAGACCGUUUACAUGUGUAGCGUAGAUUUGCAGAGAUAGCUUGUGAGUGGUCAGCUCACAUAUGACAGGGUUAUGCAGCCAUCUGCAAAAGGUUUUGGAGUAAGACGUAGAGUUAUCGACUAUUUUUUGAAAUAAUUCUCUCUAUUUUUAACAGCAGCAAGACAAACAUAGCAAGAUACAGGGAUUACCUACCAACCAGCUAAUAACAGCACAAGAGCUCCAGGAGG